AUGGCCUCCGGGCCAGCAGCCCAGCUGCUGGACUACAGUCAGCCUAUUGAUGUUCCAUUGCUUGACGCAACGGUGGCAGCAUUUUAUGGCGCAGCUACCCCAGCAGAGAGGACGACUGCAGAAGACAUCCUUCGCAAAAUACAGGAACACCCAGAUGCCUGGACGCGUGUGGACAGGAUAUUGGAGCAUUCACAGAGCCAGCAGUCCAAGUUCUUCGCUCUACAGAUUUUGGAGGAGCUUAUAAAGCAUAGAUGGGGUGCCAUAGACGACCAGCAGAGGGAGGGCAUCAAAAAUUACCUCUCCAACCUCAUCAUCAAAAUAUCUUCUGACGAGGUCACGCUGCGCCGUGAGAAGGUCUUCCUGAACAAACUCAACAUCCUCCUAGUGCAGGUGUUGAAGCAGGACUGGCCGCACAAGUGGCCCACCUUCAUCCCGGACAUUGUGGCAGCGUCCAAGACGAGCGAGCCGCUGUGCGAGAACUCCAUGGUCAUCCUCAAGCUGCUCUCUGAGGAGAUCUUUGACUUCUCCCGCGGCGAACUCACCCAGGCAAAGACGAAGGAGCUGAAGAAUUCGCUGAACCAGGAGUUCCGGCUGAUCCACGAGCUGUGCCUGUUUGUGCUGAACGCGAGCCAGAAGCCGGAGCUCAUCCGCGCCACGCUGUCCACGCUGCACGCGUUCCUGUCGUGGGUGCCCCUGGCCUACAUCUUCAACUCCAACCUGGUCGAGGUCCUGCUCAAGCUGUUCCCUCAGCAGCCCUUCCGCAAUGUUGCCCUCCAAUGCCUCACUGAGGUGGCCGGUCUCCAAGUGGGCGCGGAGCACAACACCCACUUUGAGGGCCUGUUCAAGGUGUGGAUUGGGCAGCUGGGCAGCAUCCUGCCCGCGGGCACCAACAUUCCAGCCGCCUACGAGCGCGGCAGUGACCAGGACCAGGACUUUGUGCAGAACCUGGCCAUCUUCCUCACCACCUUCUUUAAGGCGCACAUCCCGACGCUGGAGACGACCGAUGAGAACCGGGCGGCGCUGCUGCUGGGCCUGGACUACCUGCUCAGCGUGAGCUUUGUGGACGACGACGAGGUCUUCAAGAUCUGCCUGGAUUUCUGGAACUACUUUGUCCCGGACGUCUACGCCAGCGUGACCACCGGCAUGGCCGACGCUAACGCCGCGUUUGCGUUCGGCGGCGCGGCCCCGGCCGCCACCGGCCGGCGACACCUGUACGGCGCUGUGCUGUCGCGCCUGCGCCUGCUCAUGAUCUCGCGCAUGGCCAAGCCCGAGGAGGUGAUUGUGGUGGAGGACGAGAACGGCAACAUUGUGCGCGAGACAAUGAAGGACACAGACACGCUGGCGCGCUACAAGACGAUGCAUGAGACGCUGGUCUACCUCAGCCACCUGGACCAUGACGACACCGAGAAUCAGAUGCUCGAAAAGCUCCGCCUGCAGCUGAACGGGAAGGAGUGGAGUUGGGGCGCGCUGAACACGCUGUGCUGGGCGAUCGGCAGCAUCAGCGGCAGCAUGAUGGAGGAGCAGGAGAACCGCUUCCUGGUUACAGUCAUCCGCGACCUGCUCAACCUCUGCGAGAUCACCCGCGGCAAGGACAACAAGGCCGUCAUCGCAUCCAACAUCAUGUACGUCGUGGGGCAGUAUCCGCGCUUCCUGCGCAAUCACUGGAAGUUCCUGAAGACGGUUGUGAACAAGCUGUUUGAGUUCAUGCACGAGACUCACCCCGGCGUCCAGGACAUGGCCUGCGAGACCUUCCUCAAGAUCUGCCACAAGUGCAAGCGCAAGUUCGUUGGGGAGACAGAGCCGUUCAUAUCGGAGCUGCUGGGGGAACUCACGGCGACGAUCCAGGACCUUGAGACUCACCAGAUCCACAUGUUCUAUGAGGCCGUGGGCCUCAUGAUCUCCGCAGACUCUGACGCCAAGCGACGAGAACAAUACCUGGCGCAGCUGAUGGCGCCCCCCAACCUGACGUGGCGGGAGAUAGUGGGGCAGGCGAGCGCGCAGGCGGACAUCCUGAAGCAGACCGAGGUGAUGCGCAACGUGCAGAACAUUCUGUCAACCAACGCCUCCGUCGCCUCCUCCCUCGGCCAGCCCUUCCUCUCCCAGAUCACCCUCAUCUACCUGGACAUGCUCAAUAUGUACCGGAUGUACAGCGAGCUCAUAUCGGCGGCGAUAGCAAGUGGCGGCCCGCACGCGGCGCGCACAUCGCAGGUGAAGCUGAUGCGCGCGGUGAAGAAGGCGACGCUGCGGCUGAUUGAGACGUUUGUUGACAAGUGCGAGGACACGCAGCUGAUCGCCACCCAGUUUGUGCCCGCCAUGAUGGAUCCCAUCCUGGGUGACUACGCGCGCAACGUCCCAGAUGCCAGGGAUGCGGAGGUGCUGAGCGUGUUUGCGGCGAUCAUCUCAAAGCUGCGUGAGGCAAUGGCGGCCGAGGUUCCGCGCAUCUUUGAGGCCGUCUUCGAAUGCACCCUCCAGAUGAUCACCAAGAACUUUGAGGAUUACCCGGAGCACCGGCUGCAGUUCUUCAACCUGCUGCGGGCGAUCACCAACGCGUGCUUCCCCACGCUCUUCGCCAUGUCCCCGGGCCAGCUCAAGCUGGUCAUCGAUUCCAUCGUGUGGGCAUUCCGCCACACCGAGCGCAACGUGGCGGACACCGGCCUCAACCUGCUGCUUGAGCUGCUGCUCAUGUUCAGCCGCAGCGACUACGCCACCCAAUUCCACCAAACCUACUACCUCCAGCUCGUGCAGGAGAUCUUCGCCGUCAUGACCGACACGUUCCACAAGCCGGGCCUGAAGAUGCACGCGAAGAUCCUGCACCACCUGUUCACCAUCGUCAACACGGACGUGAUCAAGGCCCCCCUGUGGGACACCGCCGCGCUGGGCCCCUCCACCUUCCCCAACAACGCCGCCUUUGUGCACCAGCACGUCUCCCAACUCCUCACCACCUCCUUCCCCAACCUGCGGCCGCAGCAGGUCGAGGCGUGCGUGACGGGCAUGUUUGAGCUGAAGGAGGACAGCGCCUUCAAGGCCCACCUGCGCGACUUCCUGGUUCAGACCAAGUCCUUCGCCGACAAGAACAAUGCCGACCUCUUCGCCGAAGAAGCCGCCGCGCAGCGCGAGGCGGAGCGGCAGAGGAUGGCGCAGAUCCCCGGCAUGUUGAAUCCGCACGAGGUCAAGGAGGAGGCCAUGGGAGAGACCGGCUGAAUGACAACGCCCCCCGCCGCCAGACAAGUCAUGUAACACCGGUCUGUCGCGGCGUUCACUGCCCCCGUGCCUCCGAGCGGCUCUUGGGAGGCUGGCCCCUUUUACCUGGGUGCUAGGCUGCGAAGCGCAGGCAUCGGACGGCAACCAUUUUUGCAAUGUGAACUUGAGUUGUGCGGGGAGACCCUGGCAGGAGCUGUCCGCGCAGCCGGCUGAGUCUGCCUGUUUAUUUGGCUUGGCUUGAGUUGGGCCACUGGCAGCUGGCAGAAUAUGACUUGGCGAGCGGCUAAAAGGGGUGUGCCGGGUGAGAGAGUUUAGCGGGCGCACGGGGAAGUUUAGGUGUUGUGCAGAAUGGCGGGGGAAUCAGGAGGGGUGAAGAAUAUGUUUACAUUGACUGGCGAGUUGACAGCGCCACCUGUGCAUGUACAAGCUGCCUGUUCCCACGAUGGGACGCCCGAUACAUAGCUAGUAACUUGACUGCCGCUGCUGCGUGCGUUGCUGCGCGUGCCUCCGGCCCCAUUUAUUAGAGAC